UUCAAGAGCUCACGCAUCUACAUUACGCAUUUCAUCAAGGUUUAUGAUUUCAAGGUACUCUCUGUCCAAUAUCUCUUUAAGCUUGCCGCUCGGGGUGUCGGAGUUGUCUGCGCGGAUAAUCAACAUGGCAUUGAUGUGGUCAUUCCAAUUCUUUACCAAGACACGAUACUACGAAGGAACAAUAUGUCUGUCCCCAUGAUACAGUCGAAGAAUGAUGACUCUUACGGGACCAGCCCGAACCAACACUUAUUUGACAAGAUGGACCCGUUCAAGCUUGGAAUUUUUGUCAAGUCGACAGGACCACCCCCAGUGGUUUGAAUGGUGAAUGCACUGGCAUCGAAGGAAUCCAAAGUCUCUGUUAUAAUGCCACCUGAACGGGUUCAGCCAUCAAGGCAAAAGAAACCGGUCCGCACGGGUGCCUUCACCUCAUUUGAUAUCUGGUGUGCCGGGGCUUCUUCAAGGACUUUUCGCACCAUUCGGUCCCAGGAUGACGGAACAUAUGAUGACUUGCUGAGGUUGUCAAAGGAUGUCCCUGCAAUGUUUGAGCCUGAUGAAGAAUUUAUGCGGGGUGCUGUAAGGAGUAUGUACCCUGGCGGAGCUUGUGAUGCUGGUCAUUGGUCAUUUUGGAGUACUAGUUGAAUUGCUUUUGGCUGAUUGUGCAAAUGUGUCAGGGCCCGGCCUCUGUCCGGGGGCGGCCCUACUGCAGGGACACUUGCGGUGUCCCAGGCAGCCAGGUGCUGGAUCCUAUCCCAAGCUCCUCAAACUCACUAAGCGGGGAUUGAGUUGAGAAGAAGGGUAAGUUUCCCUAUUCCCUGCUUGGCUGCUAUAAAAGGGAAAUGUACUGUACAG